AUGUCUGAUAUCGUUGUUCCCGGUUUCGCCAGCUCUGAACUCAUUGCUGCUCUUGCCAAGAUCUUUGAUGAAUACACUCCUGAGGAGCGUGCCAAGUUCAUCAAGCAGGUCAACGGUAUCUUCCAAUUUGAUAUCAAGAACAAGGAAGGCAAGGUUGAGACCUUCAUCAUUGACGCAAAGAAGGAAGGCAAGGUCACCCGUGGUAAGGGUACCAAGGCUGAUGCCACCUUGAGCCUUAAGGAUGAGGAUUUCAUUGCUCUUGCUGAAGGCAAGCUUAACGGUCAAAAGGCUUACAUGAGCGGCAAGCUCAAGGUCAAGGGUCAAAUCAUGCUGGCCAUGAAGCUCGACAAUGUCUUCAAGAGCCUCAAGCCCCAAGCCAAGCUCUAA